AUGGUGGACGGCGUCUGCAGGCUCGAUUCGGCCGUGGAGCGACUCAAAUCGAGCUCGAGGAGGGUCGAGGAUCUUCGGGGUGAGGCUAGGGAGCUCGGGCGCGAAGGGUUUGCGGCGGGACGGCGAGGAACGGCCGGCGCGACGAGCUCUGCUCGCCCUGCUCGGCUCGUGCACGCGAGCUCGAAGGAAGAUGAAAGGACUGCGCUGGACGGGAAGCUUCGAGGCCUGCGUGAGGAGAAGAGCGGCGCUCAGACGCGAUUGCCGACGCGUGGAAGCGGCGCGCCGACGGCCACAGUCGCCGGUCGCUUCAGUGACAACAAAUGGAAGCGCCUAAAACUAAUUAUGGAGGUGGCCGGCCUGUCGGUCGCCAGCACAGUGGUGCUCCUGCUCUGCCUCGGCCUCUCCCAUCGGUGCCUUUUGCAAUGCCGCGACGGCAGGACGACGGCGACGACCAAGACGAAAUCCGUCAGAUCACGGUCGUACUUCCGUGGUGAAGCCGUGGAACUCAUCGAACUCGAGCAAGGCACUGGCGUCACCGGGCCAAGGAGAUUCUCCUUCGACGAGCUCGCCGCCGCCACCGACAACUUCUCCGACGACAGGAAGCCCGGAGAAGAUGGCUUCGGAUCGGUGUACCGUGGGUUCUUGGAGGGCCUGAACCUCCACGUGGCCAUCAAGAGGGUCUCCAAGACCUCCCCGCAGGGCUGGAAGGAGUUCGUGUCGGAGGUGAAGACCAUCAGCGGGCUCAGGCACCGGAACCUCGUGCUGCUCAUCGGCUGGUGCUGCAGCGGCGGCGACCUCCUCCUCGUCUACGAGCUGAUGCCCAGCGGCAGCGUGGACAGCCACCUCCACAACCCGAGCAAGCACCUCGGCUGGCGGGAGAGGUACCAGAUCGUGCUCGGGAUCGGCUCCGUGCUCGUGUACCUACACCACGAGACGGAGCCGCGCGUCGUGCACCGCGACGUCAAGCCAAGCAACGUGAUGCUAGACGUGGCGUUCGCAGCCAAGCUCGGGGACUUCGGGCUGGCGCGGGCGGUCGAGGACGGUGCCCGUCGGUCGUGGACCACGGUGCCGGCGGGCACGACGGGGUACCUGGACCCGGAAUGCGUGGCCACCGGCAGGACCAGCGUGGAGUCCGACGUGUACAGCUUCGGCGUCGUGCUCCUCGAGAUCGCCUCCGGGCGGCGCCCCGUGGCGACGCUGCCGGACGGGAGCACGGCCCACCUGGCGCAGAGGGUGCGGGACCUCCACGACGCUGGGAGGGUCCUCGAUGCGGCGGACGCGCGGCUGGGCGGGGACUACCACGCCGAGCAGAUGGAACGCGUGCUCGUCGUUGGGCUCUGGUGCGCGCACCCGGACCGGAGCCUUAGACUGGACGUCAGGCACGCGGUGAACGUGCUCCGGUUCGACGCCCCGCUGCCGAUCCUCCCGGCGGAGGAUGCCGGCCGUCGCAGCACGCCUUGCGCUGCCGGUGGCCGAUGCGGUGUUUCUGAGGGACCGAAACUGGCGAUCAGAGGGGACUGGAUGUGA